ACGGGAAUUAAGCUUACAAUUGAGCAUGGCACCGAUUGGUCAGAAAGGAUAUAUAAGCGCGAUAACACUAGUUCGCGGUCUCACUACUUUGUUACUAGUUUGCGAGAUCUACUUGGUAAAGCAUGUCUGGAGACGGCUGGAACCUGCAAGAUGACAUCAGUGUGGAUGAUCCAGAGAUGAAUGCACUAAUUCAGGAAGAAAAAGAUAGACAGAGGAAAGGUUUGGAAUUAAUAGCUUCAGAAAACUUUGCCAGCAAGUCCGUUCUACAGGCUCUUGGUUCCUGUUUGAACAACAAAUAUUCUGAAGGCCAGCCAGGACAGAGAUACUAUGGUGGCAAUGAAGUCAUUGAUAAAAUAGAACUGCUGUGUAAGAAGAGAGCUCUAGAAGCCUUUGGGCUAAGCCCCGAGGAGUGGGGAGUUAAUGUACAACCACAUUCAGGUUCUCCAGCCAACUUUGCUGUUUACACAGCCUUGGUAGGACCUCAUGGGCGCAUCAUGGGUCUUCAUUUACCAGAGGGUGGACAUCUCAGUCAUGGCUUCAUGACACCAAGUAAAAAGAUAUCUGCAACAUCGUUGUUCUUUGAAUCUUUUCCAUACAAACUAGAUCCUGUCACCGGACAAAUUGAUUAUGACAAACUUGCAGAAAAUGCUAAGUUGUUCUUGCCUAAGAUGAUAGUAGCAGGAAUAAGUUGUUAUUCUCGGCACCUUGACUACAAGCGUUUCCGAGAAAUUGCUGAUGAGAAUGGAGCUUACCUCUUGGCUGAUAUGGCUCAUGUGAGUGGUCUUGUGUCUGCUGGCGUAGCUCCUAGUCCAUUCGAAUUCUGUGAUGUUGUAACGUCAACAACCCAUAAAACCCUGCGUGGGCCCAGGUCAGGUCUAAUCUUUUUCAGAAAAGGUGUUCGUAAGGUGAACAAAGAUGGGACAAAGGAAAUGUAUGAUAUAGAGAAGAAGAUCAAUGAGGCAGUGUUUCCCGGACUUCAGGGAGGCCCACACAAUCAUCAGAUAGCUGCUGUUGCUGUGGCGUUGAAACAGGCAAACACACCAGAGUUUAAAGCAUACCAGAGACAGGUUAUUGCUAAUGCUCAAACGUUGGCUAAGGAAUUCUUAGCAAAGAACUACACUCUAGUAUCUGGUGGCACAGAUAAUCACUUGAUCUGGGUAGAUUUACGACCAAUGAAAAUAGAUGCCCACCGUGCUGAGGCCGUACUGGAACAAGUGGGUAUUGCACUUAACAAGAAUACAUGUCCCGGUGAUAAAAGUGCACUGAGACCAGGAGGUCUAAGAAUCGGAGCACCAGCCCUUACAUCUAGAAACUUGAAGGAAAAUGACUUUGUACAAGUUGUUGAUUUUAUUGACAAAGGAGUGCAGCUAACAAAAGAUAUCCAGGCCAGCUGUGGACCAACAUUGAAAGAGUUUAAAGCUAAAUUAGCUGAUGAUGAAAGUGUAAAGGCUAAACUGUCGACACUGAAGAAACAAGUUGAAGAGUUUGCCAUCAACUUCCCUCUGCCAGGCUUUGACAACUGGUGAUAGUGGUUAAUUGCUAAUAUACUGCUAUUUUGCAAUAAAAGUGGGAUUCAUUAUUUUCAUAUUAUUUUAAAGUGGGCAGAUUAUCAUCAGAAUUUCUGUAUGCUUUAUAUACAAUACAAGGUGAAUCAUGUGGAACACAAAGCCAACAAGUGUGGAUAAAUGACAUGUUUGGACUGCCCUGCAGAAGAGAUAUUCAGGUGGUUAGUGCAGGUUACACACAUCAUGUGAAGAAAAGAUCCUUUUUUUCUUGUCUAACUGGGAGGAACUGUUCAGAUUCUGAACAGGAUAUAAGUGUUCAGGAGAUUCUAUGUUAGAGCCUUUUUUUCACCAAACUGGAAGAGUUAAAACAAAAGUGUUCAGGUUGUUGCAUUUAACAGGAGUGGCUAAUCAUUGUGUUAGUCCCGAUACUAGUUAAGUUACACAUGAAAUCCAUUCUCAUGAAUGUGCAUUUUUUGCACUUGAUUGUAGAAGUUUGAAAGUUCACUUGUUUUGGUUGUAGUUCUUGUUCUUUAAAAAAAAUCAUGUUCAAUUGUUACUGGCUUACCUAUUAAGCUAUGUUUUGAUAUGUUGGUCAGUUGGUGCCAUUGUAAAAUUGUGAUAUCUUGAUAUUAAAUGGAAAAAAUAUUUCCUUUGUAUUUCGAAUUUUUAAACCAUUUGUUUUUGUGUUAUGCAUGUUACUGGUUUUGUAAGACUGUAAAUGUGUUCAUUAAGUAUUUGUUUCAGAGUUAAGCUUUCACUGAUAUGUAAUAUUUUUGAUCAAAUACAUUUUUAAUCAUAA